AUGUGUUCAACUACCGCCCCCAAGAGCCUCUUCGGUGGCCCGACAUUUUCCUUUGAGUCUUUACCUUACCGUCCUGUUGAUCAGACUGUUAUUGACAACAAGAUGUCUACCUGCACUAUGGUGGUGACGGAGGAGGUGACGGAGCUCAUCUCUUCGCCGACCGUCUACCUCGACAAUAACGGCGACCUGCGACUCUGUGUCGGCGCCGAUGUCGACGAGCGCCCACAAGACUUUGUUGUCUGCUCACGGGCACUCGGACGGAGCUCCCCGGUUCUGAAGGCAAUGUUGUUUGGUGGAUUCGCGGAGUCUCGCCCGGAGGAGAAUGGCGUAGAAUGGAGCGUCGACUUGCCCGAAGACUCGACAGAGGCAAUGGAAAUUCUGCUAAACAUUGUUCACGGCCACUUCCACCUCGUCCCCGAAAAGCUUCCCUUGAUGCGACUUUACAACAUUCUAACCAUCACGGAAAAGUAUGACAUGACAGUCAUCAUUCGACCAUGGGCCCGCUCAUGGAUGCAGGCUGUGAGGCACCAAACCGACGACGCGCAUCUGCUCUGCGUCGCAUGGGAACUGGGCGACUCUGAGGUUUUCGAGAAGAUGUUCAAGAAGAUAACAUACGAGUCGAUGAUCGACUUACAAGGACGAUUAGUGUUCGGACACUCGGCACGAAGCUGGAAGUCAGGCCCAGAGGGAUACAACUAUCCCGUUAACAAAAUCGUCUACUUGCGGCCUCCAGGAGCAUUCGAAACCAUCGCCAAGCACCGACAGGCACUGAUUUCUGCAAACUUGGACCACUUUGUCAUACUAUACAGAUGCCUCAAAGAGGGAUGCCGAUACAUGAAAGGAUACUAUCACAGCUCACCAGACGCCGAGGAGUGCAACAGCAUGCUACUCGGGUCUUUGGUGAGGUGUCUUGGAAAGGGCAAGGUAGACAUCACCUUGCCCAACCCGUGCGAGUCAUACAGAGGCAAUAUCGAAUCUUUGGAAAAGGCGACCAGUGCCGUCAAGCUAUUGACUGUUCACCGCCCAUCGCCCGCAAACCAGUGCUUGAAACGGAUAGAGGAGGAGUUGGCCAAGGGUACAUUGGCAGCAGCAGAAACCAAAAAGGAGUUGGCCGCCGUUCAGCCUGAGUAUGGACAGUAUCUUGAAAAGCAAUCUCAAAGGACCGGUGUUGUCAUUACUGCUUAG